CCCCUGUGUCCCAACUCCCGUCCCCCAAAAUUCCCGAUAGCCAACGCUCGCCCGUCCCGUCGCUCUCGUGUCGCACCAAUCAAGUGCACGCACGCGGCACGCCGCCGCUUCGCACGAUGGCGACGCGGCAUGCCUUCCGGCACCUGGCGCGGCGGAUGCUGAGCAACGUGCCUGAGUCGACCGUCUACGGGGGCCCGCGGCCGCAGGAGGCGGCGGCGGCGCGGCGCGUGACGCUGACGACCCUCCGCGGGAAGCACCGCCGCGGGGAGCCCAUCACCGUCGUCACCGCCUACGACUACCCCUCCGCCGUCCACGUCGACUCCGCGGGGAUCGACGUCUGCCUCGUCGGCGACUCCGCCGCCAUGGUGGUCCACGGCCACGACACCACGCUCCCCAUCUCGCUCGACGUCAUGCUCGAGCACUGCCGCGCCGUCGCGCGCGGCGCGCCCCGGCCGCUCCUUGUCGGCGACCUCCCCUUCGGCUGCUACGAGUCCUCUUCCACGCAGGCUGUUGACUCUGCGGUGAGGGUGUUAAAAGAAGGUGGAAUGGAUGCAAUCAAGUUGGAAGGAGGAGCUCCUUCCCGAAUCAGUGCAGCUAAGGCUAUUGUGGAGGCUGGAAUUGCUGUCAUGGGACACGUUGGCCUCACGCCGCAGGCUAUUAGUGUGCUUGGUGGGUUUCGACCACAGGGGAAGACGGUUGAUAGUGCUGUAAAGGUUGUAGAGACAGCACUCGCCUUGCAAGAGGCUGGUUGCUUUUCAGUUGUGUUGGAGUGUGUGCCAGCUCCGGUGGCAGCAGCUGCAACAUCAGCACUGAAAAUCCCAACCAUUGGCAUUGGUGCUGGGCCAUUCUGCAGUGGGCAGGUCUUGGUAUACCAUGACUUGUUAGGAAUGAUGCAGCAUCCACAUCACGCCAAGGUUACACCAAAGUUCUGCAAGCAAUUUGCUAAUGUUGGCAGUGUCAUUAACAAGGCACUAUCCGACUACAAGCAAGAAGUGGAAACUCGGUCUUUCCCUGGCCCCAGCCACACCCCGUAUAAAAUAACUGCUGCAGAUGUCGAUGGCUUUGCGAAUGUGCUACAGAAGAUGGGUUUGAGUGAGGCCGCGAACGCUGCAGCUACUGCUGCCGAAAACGCAGAAAAGGAUGGAAAACCAAGCGAAAACAGUUGAUGUUGUGGACGACACCGACAGUUAAAUCUAGAGUACAAGCACCAUCCAGCUCAACGGCAAUGCAAUCUUCCGAGACUGCAGGGGUAAACUGAAACUGUAAGAUCGUGGUGUUUUGGCUCAAUGCUUCUGAUGUCUUGAGGCAAUUGCAUGGAUCCUCUGCCUUCCAAUAAACAGCUGACAUUCGCAAAGCCAUCGACAUCUGCAGAGAAAUCCUAGUAUGUCUUUUGAGCUGACAUUUCUUUCGAUCCGGCAAUUGUGAAUGAAAAAUGUGGUGCCACCCAGGAUUGUGCAUUAAA